CCUCGGGACGCCCAGCCUUCGCCGCUACAGCGAUGCUGCGGCCGAGCGCGAAGACGACCCCAACUUCUUCAAGAUGGUGGAGGGCUUCUUCGACCGCGGCGCCAACAUCGUGGAGGACAAGCUGGUGGAGGACCUGCGCACCCGCGAGAGCGAGGAGCAGAAGCGCAAUCGCGUGCGCGGCAUCCUGCGCAUCAUCAAGCCCUGCAACCACGUGCUGAGCGUCUCCUUCCCGAUCCGGCGCGACGACGGCUCCUGGGAGGUCGUGGAGGGCUACCGCGCCCAGCACAGCCAGCACCGCACGCCCUGCAAGGGAGGCAUCCGCUACAGCACUGAUGUGAGUGUGGACGAAGUGAAGGCAUUGGCUUCGCUGAUGACAUACAAGUGUGCGGUGGUUGAUGUGCCAUUUGGUGGGGCUAAAGCAGGUGUUAAGAUCAACCCCAAGAGCUAUUCAGACAGUGAAUUGGAAAAGAUCACAAGAAGGUUCACCAUGGAGUUAGCGAAGAAGGGUUUUAUCGGUCCUGGCAUUGACGUGCCUGCCCCAGACAUGAGCACAGGUGAGCGGGAAAUGUCCUGGAUCGCGGAUACCUAUGCCAGCACCAUAGGGCACUAUGAUAUUAAUGCACAUGCAUGCGUUACUGGGAAGCCUAUCAGUCAAGGAGGCAUCCAUGGGCGGAUCUCUGCAACUGGCCGUGGUGUUUUCCAUGGGAUUGAGAACUUCAUCAACGAAGCUUCCUACAUGAGCAUUUUAGGAAUGACACCAGGCUUUGGAGAUAAAACGUUUGUUGUUCAGGGCUUCGGUAAUGUAGGCCUGCACUCUAUGAGAUACUUACAUCGUUUUGGUGCUAAAUGUGUUGGUGUUGGGGAAUCUGAUGGGAGUAUAUAUAAUCCAGAUGGUAUUGACCCAAAAGAACUGGAAGAUUUCAAAUUGCAACAUGGAUCAAUUCUGGGAUUCCCUAAGGCAAGAAUAUAUGAAGGAAGCAUCUUGGAGGCUGACUGUGACAUCCUGAUCCCAGCUGCCAGUGAGAAGCAGUUGACCAAAUCCAAUGCACCCAAAGUCAAAGCCAAGAUCAUCGCUGAAGGUGCCAAUGGACCCACCACUCCGGAAGCUGACAAGAUCUUCCUGGAGAGGAACAUCAUGGUUAUCCCAGAUCUCUACUUGAAUGCUGGAGGAGUGACAGUAUCUUACUUUGAGUGGCUGAAGAAUCUAAAUCAUGUCAGCUAUGGCCGAUUGACCUUCAAAUAUGAAAGGGAUUCUAACUACCACUUGCUCAUGUCUGUUCAAGAAAGCUUAGAAAGAAAAUUUGGGAAGCAUGGUGGAACAAUUCCUAUCGUCCCAACAGCAGAGUUCCAGGACAGGAUAUCGGGGGCAUCAGAGAAAGACAUCGUACACUCUGGCUUGGCCUACACAAUGGAGCGUUCUGCCAGGCAAAUCAUGCGCACAGCCAUGAAGUAUAACCUGGGCUUGGACCUGAGGACAGCUGCCUACGUCAAUGCCAUUGAGAAAGUCUUCAAAGUGUACAACGAAGCUGGCGUGACCUUCACAUAGACGCUGGUGGCUAGCUGCCUCGCCGCCGCCUCCACCGUACCUUCUGCAGCCCUCACAGUUUACACGUAACCGCAGCAAUCUUUCCCAUGACUCAGUAGAUAACGGACCAUUCUCAACCAGUCAGCCCAAAUCAACCCUUUAAGAGGAACACAGAGAAGGCUAGGGGAUCAUACACACAAACUGUGCCAGAGAGCCACAUAGACAUCUUGCCUUGAACUACAGAGCCCCUCCUCCUGGGCUGUUACCUUGCUCCCUGCUCCCAGCCAGUGCUGACCCGGAAGCCACCAAGCAGUCACUCACCCACACUGGCAAGUCCACACGAGGGAGAGCUUUGACACACAAGGAGUGGGUGUAUGGCAUUUUCAGAAGGUGACAUGGUCCUCAAGUGAGUUACUGGUAUUUUACAUCAACAAAUAACUCAAUUUCAUACAUUGCGAAGAAAAAAUAAAAGCUGUUCCUCUUGUGCAUUUUAUUCUUCUAGAAUAAAAUAAGUAUGUGCUGCUGUAAUAAAAUUGCCUUUAAUCACUUAACAAGCCUAACUUGACUCAAGCUAUAAAUGCCUAUAAACAUAAUAAAUGAAGAAAGCUAGUAUUUUUAUAACAUAAAACAGUAUCAUUUAUAGCUUAUCAGUCAUGUAUUGUCCAGCAGGAAUGACAAAGCCCAGUGGAGAAUGGUCUUCAUACCUGCAACCAUGGAGGCUAUUUCUGUUAACCAUCAGAAUUUGCUAACUACAAUUAUGACAUAAUCCAAAGAGUGCAAUAACCUCCAUAUCACGGUAAUUAAUCUUUCCUUCCCAUUGAAGAUCUAUUGUGUUGACUAAUUGAACCGUAGUUGAAUAGUGUCCCAGGAAAAACUACAGGGCUCCCUGAUUGGAACCUGGUUGGCUCUGAGUGCUCUGGGGCCCAGCCCGGCCUCGCCUUCUGCAUCCUACUCUGCCCCGUUCACCACAGGCUGGAGAACUGUUUUGUUCGGGCAGUUAAUUGGCCAAGGCCUUUUGAACCAUAAUGUCCCAGUGGAAUCCUAGAUACUAUUUAUGUAAGGGUAAGCGCGCUUUUUUUUUUUAACAAUAAUGCCCUUUCAGAAAUUUCUAACCACUUUGUAACUGCAUGACUUAACCUGGUGAUAAAGUUAUUAAAAGUCUACCUUUUCCAGAA